UCAGUCAUAAAAAGCAAAUCUGGAAAGGAAAGAAUAGAGAAAAGAAAAAAGACUGUUUUCAAUGAUGGACUUACCUAUUACUAUUGCCUGAUUUCUACUACACAAUACCAAGUAACGCUCUUCUUCCUUGCCAGAAUGUUGGCAUUCUCGAGGAAUGAAGCUUUUUGUUUCCUUUGGAUUGCCUGUGUUUUCAUUUCUACACUGAGUCAGCAAGGAACAGAAACCUUUCAGUGUGACAACGGGAUCUCUCUGCCUCCUGACAAUGUGUGUGACUUCACAGAUCAGUGUGGGGACAACAGCGAUGAACAGCAGUGCUCGAAUUAUGAAAGAUGUGAUUUUGAGAAUGGGCUCUGUAGUAUGGCUCAAGAUCAGAGUCAGCAACUUCGUUGGGCAAGGAGAAAUGGGAUGACCAGUCUAUCACCUCCAUUUUAUGAUCACAAUGGUGAUAUAUCUGCCCACUUCCUCUCACUGGUUUCCAAAGUGGAUUCUAUUUCCUCAAAUUUAGAAAGUCGAGUUUUCCUUCCAACUAAUGACCAACGUGCUUGUCAGGUUACAUUUUAUUCCUUCUUUAGCCAAAUGAGUAGCAAAUUAAUGGUAGGACUUCAAACUGCAUGUGGUGGCCCCAUUCAGCAUUUAUGGCAAAACACAGUCAGUCUCCGAAAUCAGUGGGAGAGAAAUGUCAUCAAAAUCCAGAGCUCACAGAGAUUUCAGGUUAUUUUUCAAGGUCAAGUGAUUUCAACUCAUGCACAAGAUGAAGUUAUUGCUAUUGAUGAUAUAUCUUUCAGUUCAGGCUGCUUGCCUGAAAAUGAUGAAAUGUUACCAUGUCAAGAAGCAUUGAAUACCACGCAGGAGCUAUGCCCUCCAGACACAGAUCUCUGCAGAUUUGAUUCAACAGAUGAAGGACUGAGAUUGUGUCAGCCCUGUGGAUUUGAGUUUGACAUGGGUUACUGGGCAUCGGAGGCACCUGCUGACCAAAUUUCCUGGAUACGCACAAAAGCAGGAGAGAUCCCUGCGUUAGAAUCCAUACCCCAGCAGAAUCAGAGCAGUGAUGAUGAAGGUUACUUUGUAUGGUUAGGUGCCAAGGAUGCAUUUACUCUUAACCACAUAGACAGCAGGGCUUAUCUAAAUAGUUCUGUGUGUCACUGCCUGGGCAAGAGCUGCCAUCUUCAAUUCUAUUUCUCCAUGGAAAACAGUGUCCUAAGAGUAGGCUUGUACAAUAAUAAGGAAGAAGGAGUAUUUUGGACAUACAACACAUCAACUGACAGCAAGUGGGUGAAAGCAGAUGUGUUAAUACCAGAAGGUCUGAAGACAUUUAAGGUUGUUUUUGAAGGGACUAUUUUGAGCCAGAAAAGUUUCAUUGGGCUGGAUCAGCUCUGGGUCUAUGCCUGUGGACAGGCCCCACCCAGAAAGCUUUGCUCUGUAGAUGAAUUCCCUUGUGCCAGUGGCCAGUGCAUUGCCCAAGAAUCUGUCUGUGACUCUCGACAAGACUGCUCCGAUGAGAGUGACGAGGACCCAGCAACUUGCUCAAAUCAUCUCACGUGUGACUUUGAAUCUGGUUUCUGCGGCUGGGAGCCAUUUCUCACAGAAGAUUCACACUGGGAGAUGGUGAAGGGAUCGAACAACAGAGAGCACCCUUUUCCCAAAGCUGAUCACAUAGCAAACAUAAAUCAUGGAUCAUUUAUUUAUGUUGAGGCACGUCAAUUCCCUGGAGUGGCCAAGCUGGGAAGUCCUAUCCUUACAAAAUUGCUCACUUCCUCUACCCCAUGUCAGGUACGGUUUUGGUAUCGUUUGUCUCAGCACUCACAUCUCUCAGUUUUUACAAGAACCUCACUCAAUGGGAAUUUGCAAAAGCAGGGUGAAAUAAUUGGAUUCUCUGGUUCUCAGUGGAGCCAAGCCAAAAUCGAUCUCCAUGCAAAAGCCGGAGAAUCUACACUGCCUUUCCAGGUAAUUUUAGAAGCUGCUAUUUUAUCAACGAAUGCUACUGUUGCUCUAGAUGACAUCAGUAUAUCUCAGGAAUGUGAAAUUUCCUAUAAAUCACUUCCACAUACCAGCAUACAAAACAAUGAUUCCAAAUGUGAUUUUGAAGCAGACAGCUGUGGUUGGUUUGAAGCAAUUAGUGGUGACCAUUUUGACUGGAUAUGGAGCUCCCCAAGUGACCUUUCUAGUGACUUAGAGCACCAGGCUCCACCUCGGGAUCAUACUCACAAUACAACUCAAGGGCAUUUUAUGUUCAUUCUGAAGAAAAGCAGCAGCUUGUGGCAAAUUGCUAAGCUCCAGAGCCCAACUUUCAGCCAGACAGGACCUGGGUGCACACUUUCCUUCUGGUUUUAUAACUAUGGGCUGUCAGUUGGAGCGGCUGAGCUGCAGCUACAUAUGGAAGAAUCGAACGACUCCACAGUACUUUGGAGAGUGUUGUAUAACCAGGGCAACCAAUGGUCAGACGCAACCAUUCAGCUAGGGCGCCUUUCUCAGCCCUUCCAUUUGUCACUAGAUAAAGUCAGUCUUGGCAUCUAUGAUGGAGUCUCAGCUAUUGAUGACAUCAGAUUUGAAAAUUGUACUUUCCCCCUUCCCGCUGAGAGCUGUGAAGGACUGGAUCAUUUCUGGUGUGAACACACCAAGGCUUGCAUAGGAAAGUUUCAGUUGUGUGAUCUGGUGGAUGAUUGUGGAGAUCGUACUGAUGAGGUCAACUGUGCACCAGAACUACAGUGUAACUUUGAAAAUGGAAUUUGUAACUGGGAACAAGACACAGAAGAUGACUUUGAUUGGACCAGGAACCAGGGGCCAACUUCAACACUUAAUACAGGGCCAAUGAAGGAUAAUACUCUGGGCACAGCUAAAGGACACUAUCUCUACAUAGAAUCUUCAGAGCCACAGGUUUUUGAAGACAGUGCUGCAUUACUCAGCCCCAUCUUUAAUACCACUGAUGCAAAGGGCUGCACCUUCCGCUUCUAUUACCACAUGUUUGGGAAGCACAUCUAUAGGCUGGCCAUCUAUCAGCGGAUCUGGAGCGACACGAGGGGACAGCUGCUGUGGCAGAUAUUUGGGAAUCAAGGCAACAGAUGGAUAAGGAAACAUCUCAACAUUUCCAGCAGGCAGCCAUUUCAGAUAUUGGUGGAGGCUUCUGUGGGAGAUGGCUUCACUGGAGAUAUUGCAAUUGAUGAUUUGUCAUUCAUGGACUGCACCCUCUACCCUGGUCAUUUGCCAGUGGACCUUCCGACUCCACCAGAAACCUCAGUCCCUGUGACACUUCCUCCACACAACUGCACAGACAAUGAAUUUGUCUGCAGGUCCGAUGGUCACUGUAUUGAAAAAAUUCAGAAAUGUGAUUUUAGAUAUGACUGCGCUGACAAAUCAGAUGAAUCAUCCUGUGUUGGGGAAAUUUGCAGCUUUGAAAGAGGAAACCUGUGUAAAUGGUAUCAGCCAAUCCCAGUAAAUUUACUUCGAGAUUCAAACACAUUCAGGUGGGGACUUGGUAACGGGAUUACUAUUCAUCACGGAGAAGAAACCCACAGGCCAUUGGUGGAUCAUACCCAAAAUACCACAGAUGGCUGGUACCUGUAUGCUGAUAGUUCCAAUGGGAAAUUUGGUGACACGGCUGACAUCCUCACUCCUGUCAUUUCACUCACGGGACCAAAAUGUACCUUGGUAUUCUGGACGCAUAUGAAUGGAGCCACAGUCGGUUCUCUCCAGGUGCUUAUCAAGAAGGAUAAUGUUACUUCUAAAUUGUGGGCUCAAACUGGACAGCAAGGUGCACAGUGGAAGAAAGCAGAAGUGUUUUUAGGGAUUCAUUCGCAAACACAGAUUAUCUUCAGGGCAAAACGUGGUGUCAGUUACAUCGGAGAUGUAGUGGUGGAUGAUAUUUCCUUUCAAGAUUGUUCCCCCUUACUUAGCCCAGACAGAAAAUGUACUGCUCAAGAAUUCACGUGUGCUAACAAGCACUGCAUUGCAAAGGACAAGCUGUGUGAUUUUGUGAAUGAUUGUGCUGAUAAUUCAGAUGAGACUACUGUGAUUUGCGGUACCUCCUCCAGGGGGCGCUGCGAUUUUGAAUUUGAUCUUUGUUCCUGGGAGCAGGAGCAGGACGAGAACCUUGACUGGCAGCUGAAAGGUAGCAGCAACCCCGCUGCAGGCACAGAACCCGCUGCAGAUCACACCUUGGGAAAUUCCUCUGGUCAUUACAUCUUUAUAAAGAGCUUGUUCCCUCAGCAGCCCAUGAGAACAGCCAGAAUUUCAAGCCCAGUUAUAAGUAAGAGAAGCAAAAAUUGCAAGAUUAUUUUUCAUUAUCAUAUGUAUGGACAUGGCAUUGGGGCACUCACCUUGAUGCAGGUAUCAGUCACAAACCAAACAAAGGUCCUACUUAACCUCACUGUAGAACAAGGCAAUUUCUGGCAGAGAAGAGAGCUACUGCUCGUUAGUGAUGAAGACUUCCAACUUCAGUUUGAAGGUAGAGUUGGACAAGGCCACCGUGGUGACAUUGCACUUGAUGACAUCGUUCUUACAAAGAGUUGUCUAUCAUCCCAUCACUCUGUGAAAGAAGAACUGGCAGUGCCUCUUCCAACAGGUUACUGCCCACAGGGCUAUCGGGAAUGUCAGAAUGGCAAAUGCUAUGGACCAGAGCAAAGCUGUAACUUUGUAGAUGACUGUGGAGAUAAUACUGAUGAAAAUGAAUGUGGUAGCUCCUGCACUUUUGAAAACGGCUGGUGUGGCUGGCAGAACUCCCUGGCCGACAACUUUGAUUGGGUCUUAGGGGUUGGCUCUCAUCAAAGCCUAAGACCUCCCAGAGACCACACACUUGGAAACGAAAAUGGGCACUUCAUGUAUCUGGAGGCUACUCCAGUGGGACUUCGAGGUGAGAAAGCACACUUCAAGAGCACUGCAUGGCCAGAAUCCAGUGCUGCCUGCACCAUGAGCUUCUGGUAUUUUAUAUCUGCAAAAGCCACAGGGUCCAUUCAGAUUCUCAUUAAGACAGAGAAAGGACUAACAAAAGUAUGGGAAGAAAGUAACCAGAACCCUAGUGAUCACUGGCAAAAGGCUGACAUCCUGCUAGGAAAGUUAAGGAAUUUUGAAAUCAUAUUUCAAGGCAUCAGAACAAGGGAUCUGGGAGGAGGAGCUGCAAUUGAUGAUAUUGAGUUUAAAAACUGCACAACCAUGGGAGAGACUUCUGAGAUUUGCCCAGAAGCCACUGAUUUUUUGUGCCUGGACAAGAAGUGUGUUGCAUCCCACCUUGUCUGUGACUAUAAACCAGACUGCCCUGACAGGUCUGAUGAAACUCACUGUGGACAAUAUACAAGCAUUCCAGGAAGCUGCAAUUUUGAAACAAGUUUGGGAAACUGGACUACAGACUGCAGUCUUGUUCAAGACUCUGAGGGUGACUGGGACUGGACCAUUGGCACCAGAAUUCCUGCUGAAUCAUUGAUUUCAGACUCUGAUCACACACCAGGUAGUGGCAAGCAAUUCCUGUAUGUCAACUCAUCUGGGCCCAAAGGAGGAGGCACUGCAAGAAUCACUACCUCCAGAUACUUCCCAGCCAGCCUCGGCAUGUGUACGGUUCGGUUCUGGUUCUACAUGGUUGAUCCCAGGAGCAUGGGGGUAUUAAAGGUGUAUAUCAUUGAGGAAUCGGGGCUGAACAUCCUGGUUUGGUCAGUGAUUGGAAAUAAAAGAACCGGAUGGGUGUAUGGCUAUGCACCACUCUCCAGUAACAGUCCUUUUAAGGUGGCUUUUGAAGCUGAUUUGCAUGAAAAUGAGGACAUCUUUAUUGCCCUUGAUGACAUCUCUUUCACCCCAGAGUGUGUGUCUGGAGGUCCUGUCACGACACAGCCAGCGCCCUGUGAAGCUGAUCAAUUUUCUUGUAUCUACACACUCCAGUGUGUCCCUCUCUCAGGGAAGUGUAAUGGACAGGAAGAUUGCGUAGACGGGUCUGAUGAAAUGGAUUGUUCUCUCAGCCCCUCUCCUGGGCUCUGUGGCAAAAUGGAGUUCCGGUGCUCUACAAACGAGUGUAUCCCAUCCCUCCUGCUCUGUGACGGGGUGUCUGACUGUCACUUUAAUGAAGAUGAAUCUAGCUGCUCCAACAAGAGCUGUUCUAAUGGAGCUCUGGUGUGUACUUCCUCGAACAGCUGUGUCCCAGCUCACCAGCGCUGUGAUGGUUUUGCUGACUGCAUGGAUUUGCAGCUUGAUGAGUCUAGCUGCUCAGAGUGUCCAUUAAACUACUGCAGAAAUGGAGGGACUUGUGUGGUGGAGAAAAAUGGUCCUAUGUGUCGAUGUGGACAAGGAUGGAAAGGAAACCGAUGCCAUAUCAUGUCUAAUCCUUCUACUGAAGACUUCAAGUACACUCAGAAUAAUAUAUGGAUACUCCUGGGUAUUGGAUUAGCAUUCCUGAUGACUCACAUCAUAGUUGCGGUCUUGUGUUUUCUUGCAAACAGAAAAGUGCCAAUAAGGAAAACUGAAGGAAGUGGUAACUGUUCAUUUGUCAAUCCCAUCUACGGGAAUUGGAGUGACCCAGAGAAAACAGAGAGUUCUGUCCACUCCUUCUCAAAUCCGUUAUAUGGCACAACAUCAAGAAGCCUGGAGACCAUGUCUCAUCAUCUCAAAUAGCAGCACCAAGAUCAAAAAUGAUCAAAAUAUGUAUAGUUUAUUCCAGUCUCUGAAAUCUGAAAGAAACACAUCUUACACAAUAGUAAAAAGAAAAAAUUCAAAAUGCUAGUGUAAUUAUAACAUUUAUGAAUAAAUUUUCUUACUGAAUACAGUGAAUGUUUUCAUGGAAUCAGAAUCAGUACCUUAUCUUCAUUGUAUAUCAGAAUAUUUUAAUAAAGUUUUCACUUAAUC